AUGGGUGGACAACCAGGAGGAUUCGGUGCACAGGGAGGAGGAAUGGGUGGACAACCAGGAGGAUUCGGUGCACAGGGAGGAGGAAUGGGUGGACAACCAGGAGGUUUUGGUGGACAACCAGGAGGAGCCGGUGGACAACCAGGAGGAUUCGGUGCACAGGGAGGAGGAAUGGGUGGACAACCAGGAGGUGUUGGUGGACAACCAGGAGGAGCCGGCGGACAACCAGGAGGAGCCGGUGCACAGGGAGGAGGAAUGGGUGGACAACCAGGAGGUGUUGGUGGACAGCCAGGAGGAGCCGGCGGACAACCAGGAGGAGCCGGUGGACAACCAGGAGGAGCCGGUGGACAACCAGGAGGUGUUGGUGGACAACCAGGAGGUGUUGGUGGACAACCAGGAGGAGCCGGUGGACAAUCAGGUGGCAGUUCUAGUGCCUCAUCUGCUCAAGGAAGUUCAGGAGGAGGUCAACAAGAGAGUUCACAGCAACUACAUGGUGGUGAUAAGUUCGCUGCUCAGAAUAUGCAGAUUCCUCGCGGUGGUGCAUUUUCAUGGUGA